UCCGUCUUCUCGUGAAAAUCGUGCUUGCUUGCGCCGCGCACAAACAUCCCUGGCGCUCUUGUCUAUCACUUUAUUGCAAUCACUUUUAACAGAGACAAAAACCUCUUUCCAGGAUGCCAAAGUCAAAACGCCAGAAACUCGUGUCCCUGACCAAGGUCUCGAAGAAGACACGAGAGCAGAAGCAUGCCCUACUGAAUGAAGUACAAGAAAAUGCGGGCAAGUGGGAGUACUGUUGGUUGUUCGAGGUGGGGAACAUGCGGAACGCACACCUGAAGACAGUACGAAAACUAUGGAAAGACUCGGCACGGAUGUUCUUUGGUCGAGGAGCAGUGAUGGCGAAGGCAUUAGGCACAACGCCAGAGGAGGAGUGUCGCAUGGGUCUACACAAACUCGCAAAACAAAUAAAAGGCCAGGUUGGGCUAUUCUUCACCUCCUCCCCACCCUCCGAAGUCCUCGAGUGGUUCGCCGACUUCCAACAACCCGACUUCGCACGCUCAGGCAACAUCGCCUCCCAAACCUUCACGCUCCCCGCCGGGCCCAUCAUGCAACAGCACUCCACGCCGCCCGAGCCCUUCCCGCAUAACGAGGAGCCGCAGCUGCGCAAGCUCGGGCUGCGCACCCGGAUGGUGCGCGGCGUGCCGACGCUAGACGCGCCCCACACAGUGUGCGAGGCGGGGAAGACGCUCACGCCGGAGCAGACACAGCUACUGAAGCUGGUCGGCGUGAAGAUGGUGAAGUUCAGGGUGGGGUUGAGGGCACGGUGGGAGGCGGCGAGCGGGGAGGUCGUACAGAUUGAGGGACAGGAGAUUAGGGAGGAAGAGAAGGCGGGUGGGGAGGCGCCCGAAGCAGAAGUUGCAGAUGGAGAUGUGGGAGUUGACGAAGAGAUGGAGGGAUUGUAGGGUGUUGUCGUGCUGAUGUGGUAUUGUGUAUUCUCUACUUUCUCAUCUCGCUUGUAUCGGUGCUGCUGCCUAUUUCAUUCUCUUGCAGAUCCUCGAUCAGUGGCAGGAUGGGCGGUCGGGCUUUGGAGCAAACCCGCUACGCUCCCAUGUCCCGAUGCGUCGGUACACAGCACCAGUUGCACGCUGUGCGUCGGUCCGUGGUCGCAAGACUGGAAGGUCGCUCCUCGGAGGACGAGGUAUUC